UCAAAAUUGAUUUCAAAAUUGAUUUCAAAAUUGAUUUGAUUUUUGUUUUCAAUAUAUAAUUGACUUUUGGUUUGAAUUCACGAAACGAUUGAAUGAAGUGAUGGCUGAAGAGGAAGACAAUGAAUGCCAACAAUUGGUUAAAAGGCCAAAGAUGUCAUCCUUUCAUAUGAUGUCCACUGAAGAGGAAUGCUAUCGGAAGGACUCUUUAGACAGAUAUGGCGACGACUUAUGCGAAGAGAUAUUGUCUUAUCUGUCACUCGAAGACUGUUUCCGAUUUGAAUGUCUGUCCAAACAGUGGAAGCGAUCGGUGUUUAAGAGACAACAUUCUUCUGGUUAG